AUGGUACAGUCCUGUUCAGUUAGGCACAGGAGAAGAGACUCGAAAGUUUGUUCAACGAGGAAAAUGAAGGGACUUUCGCCACUGCACUUGAUCUUCACAAGUCUUCUGGUCUACAAAAUUAGCGCAAAUAUUGUCGAAUCUGAUUUUAUUUGUGAGCAAGACAUUGUCCCAAAAGAUAGGAUCAAUACUGCAAUUCAUCACGCCUGUUCAGCUCUCAGCACUUCACCAAGUAACACAAAAUAUCCUGCUGCAUUCGAUGCCUCGACUCUAUUCCUUAUUCAUGACGCAGUUUUAUUUUCCUGGCCUGUCUUAAUGGAAGGAGAAUCAUACACAAGAGGUCGUACUGGAAGGUUUCGCUCGCUCAUAGACUCAAGCUGUAAAUUCUACGGAAUAAUUCUUACCAUCAAAAAUAGACCCGAUACGCGAUGCUAUCAACCGGUAAAAGCAGUGCGCUUAUAUGAUUUAUCACUCAGUUCUGGCCCAAGGAAUCCAUCUAUCUUCCGGGGUUACAGAUGUCAGAAUAAAGUUUUUGAAUCAUUUUUCGUGGAUCAUACCUUCAGAGAGACUCAUUAUCUCUAUACGAAGUGGAAAUCUAAUAAUAUCAAUAUUCUUCUAGAUGGCCACGCAACUGUUAAUGAAUUAUUUAAGACACGGGUUUACCUACUGCCAAGUGAGGUAUCCUAUUUUCAAAAUCUUUACAUGGAAAAGUCACUCAACCCCUACUAUAUCGUGAUAAAUUAUGAUUUUGAAAUACUAGGCAUGGUCUCUAAGAAUUUGAAUAGCUGGGCAAAAUGUGACGAACUUUAUGAAAAUGAACCAGAACUACGCCAGUCAUCUGAUUCGAACAAGAACUCCAUUGGGGAAUUUAUCUUCCCAGUCGGGAGUGAUUACAAAUGCGGCUUAUUCAAGUUUACGCGACAUUCGAUCAAUAGCCACAUGCAGCUAGCUUGCAAUUUGAUCGCACAGCAAGAUAAAUCUCCAUCUACCAACCUGAAAAGCAUUUUUGGUGAAUCGUUCAUACUACCAGAUGUGGGAAUAUUCCCUGUACGGAAGCUGAUCCUAAAAUUACCAGAAAGUGAAGCGAAUCGCAUGGGGAUAGCCGAAAAAAGACCAAUCAGAGCCUUCGUAGUGUUUGAUAAAAAAUGUAAUUUCCAUGGAGUUUUCUAUUUCCAACAGAAAAAUGUUAUAAAGUGCAUGAAGUUAACACAAUAA